CAUAGGAGAGCAGAAAUCUUGUCUUUAUCCAUGGCUUUCACAUGCCAGCACUCAAAGCCCACCAUAGCUAAUCCCAAUAGAAUUACAUUUAUUAUUAACACAGUUUGAUAUCUACAUUUUUAUUUUAUAUAUAGUAAUACAUGACUGUUUUGGAAUUUAUAGAUGUGAAACCAAGACUUUAUAAUUCCACCAAUCCUAUCAUCAUCAUCCUCUUGUUCUUGGCUUUCUUGAAAAUUUCAACUUUUCCUUCCCAUCUCUUUCUGUUUUCUUGAUCUUGUUUGUUCUGAGAGAAAAGGAAAAGGAAAAGGGAAAGAAAGGGAAAGUUAUGGUGAUGGGUGAUUCAUAUGAUGAGGAGUGUGAUUAUUUGUUUAAAGCAGUUCUAAUUGGGGAUUCAGCUGUUGGGAAAUCAAAUCUUCUGUCAAGAUUUUCAAAAGAUGAAUUUAGAUUAGAUUCAAAACCAACUAUUGGUGUUGAAUUUGCUUACAGAAAUAUCAGAGUUGGUGAGAAGCUCAUCAAAGCUCAAAUUUGGGACACUGCUGGCCAAGAAAGGUUUAGAGCAAUAACAAGUUCAUAUUACAGAGGAGCAUUAGGAGCCUUAUUAGUAUAUGACAUAACAAGAAGAGCAACAUUCAAUAAUGUGGCAAAAUGGCUACAUGAGCUAAGGGAAUUUGGCAACUCAGACAUGGUGGUUGUUCUUGUUGGGAACAAAUCUGAUUUGGGUAAUUCAAGAGAAGUUGAUGAAGGAGAAGGCAAGAAUCUUGCAGAAGCUGAAGGUUUGUGUUUCAUGGAAACAUCAGCUUUGGAGAACAAGAAUGUUGAAGAAGCAUUUUUAAUAAUGAUCUCUAAAAUUCAUGAAAUUACAAGCCAGAAAAGUUUAGAAGCUAAGAAGAAUGAAAAUAGUUGUAUUAGUGCUACAAUGACUCUUCCUUUUGGAAAAGAAAUUGUCAAUAUUGAUGAAGUUUCUGCAACUAAACAAUCAAGAUGUUGUACAUAGACAACAUUCAUUACAACUGUUUUACAAUAAUAUAUUUUCAUAUACCAUUUUAGAAGCA